UUUUGGCACACUAAGACUAAAAGCGCAUACGAGUCUCAUCUCAACCCACUCCUCCUUGUCGCUACCAAACAUGUCUGCUCCACCAAAGUCCUGGACUCCGACCCCGCCUGAGCGUGGCUCCUUCCCGCUUGACCACGACGGCGAGUGCACCGCGGCGAUGAAAAAGUACCUCAAGUGUAUGAAGUUGGUUAAAAAUGACAACUCGCACAACUGCCGUCUUUUAGCGAAGGACUACCUUGAAUGUCGCAUGAAUAACCAGUUGAUGGAUAGAGCGCCCUGGAACGAAUUGGGGUUACCUGAAAAUGACGAAAAGAAGUGAAGAUGUAAAUUACCAGAAAUGAAAGACUGGGUGUGUAUAUAUAACUCCAGAGCUGAGCAUGCGCUCUGGUUUCCCGGUCUAGAGUGCAAUAAAUUGAUUAUAUGACAUAGGUGUGAUGCAGAGUUUGGACACAACCGUGUCCAUCCGUUAAAUCUCGCGUGUAAGAGCAUCUCUAUUAGUACGAUUGCCAAGGGUCCUGUUGGGUAUCUUUGAUGAAAACGCU